AUGUCUCUGUCGCCCACAACGUCGACCGACUACGACCACCCGCAAGGAAAGCGUCGCAGGACGUCUUUCGCCAGCACCAUCACCCACGCCCAGGACAUCGCCUCGCCGCCCCAGCUGCCCGCAGGCCAACCGCUCACACCCGCCGGCCACAUCCCCAAGCGCGGCGCCCGCGCAUGCACCGCCUGCAGGAAGGGCAAGAACAGGUGUGAAGGAGAGGCUCCAUGUCGUCGAUGCCAAUUGAGCGGCACCCUUUGCGUCUUUGAGAAACCAGAGAAGAAAAAUGUACAGCCUAUGUCAGGCCCCAGCAUCGAACGUCUUUCCCGCUUGGAGGGACAGUACCUCGUCAUGCAGAGUCAAAUGAUUGGCAUGCAAUCCUCCCUCGACCGCAUCCUCUCUGCAAUCCAGACCCAAAACCAGGCAACCCAAGCCAUAGUUCAGUCCGUGUACGCCAACGGUGGCGGCCCGCCCCCAGCACCGCCGAUCCGAAAUGGCGUCGACAUGUACAGCUCCUCCGGCCCUGCUGAGAGCUCCUCUCGCUCCGGGCGGGCCUUCCCCCCGCUUCCCGGCUUUGCCCCUCCCCCUCACAAGUAUGCGACUUACGGCAUCGUGCCCAGCACUGCGCCGUCGUCCGAUGACGAGUCAGAGGACACGCUACCGCGGUCCACUUUGAAUGCACCCAUCGAGGCGCUCCAGGGCCUUGCCAACGCCGCCGCCGAAGCAGCGGCUGCCCCCUCGACGUCGCCCCCCAGGGUGAAGAAGCGCAAGAGGGCCGAGCCCACCCCACGCAACGCGUUUCCUCAUGUCGUCGAGAAGGGACUCGUCUCCGAUACCGAGGCCCGAGAGCUCUAUCACAUAUUUUUCUCCGGAUGCCACUUCUUCAUACCGGUGUUCGACCCGAGUUAUGACACCUACGAAGCGCUCAUGGAGCGCACGCCGUGGACGUUUGACGCGAUCCUGGCCAUUGCGAGCAAGAUCAGGAGCGGGACGGGCCCGCUGAGUCCGACGUUCUACAAGUGCCUCGAGGAGGCGCAGGGCAUUGCGCGCUCCACGCUCUUCGGGCCCGUGGUGCGGAAAGAAGCCGUCCAGGGAAUGCUGCUGCUGGCCGCAUGGAGCACGAACGGCUGGCUGCCUAGCGGGCAUGCCAUGCGCAUGGCGCUCGACCUUGGGCUGCACCGCGCGCUGGAGAAGCUCGCGGACGAGGGCAGUAAGAAGCGCACGGAGGAGGAGGAGCGUAACCUCGUGGUGUCCGCGCGCAUCUGGCUCUGUCUGUACUGGUUCGACCACCAGAUGAGCCUGGGUACAGGACGGCCGAUCGUGCUCCGCGACGAGAGCUCCAUCAAGCAUUGUCGCAUCCUGCUCUCCCAUCCCAUGGCUUCGCCCACCGACGUGCGCUUGAUAUCCCAGGUUGAGCUCAUCAUGCAGAAAACCCAAAUUUACGAGACGCUGUCUCCGCUGAACGGCCAAGUGAACCAUAACACACUUGCCUUCAUCCGGCGCGCGAAUAUUGCGCUGGACAAGUGGUGGUCCGAUUGCGAUGAUUUGCAUCGUCAAACCAUGGACGAAGAGGCGCUGCCGCGCAAGAUCCUCGCGGGCGAGCUGCAUUACGCCAAGCUGUGGCUCGUCUGUGUCGCCCUGCGUGGUGUGUCGUGGGACAAGAUGCCCUUCGAGCAGCGUGAGCUGGCAUUCCAGGCCAAAGACGCCGCCUCGAAUUGCCUCUCGAAUUUGCUCAAUUCGCCUACGUACAGAGCUGCUCUCAGGUAUGCGGUGCAUGACAGCUUGGUUACAGCUGCUUUCUCUGGUCUGUUCUUGCUCAAGAUGGCGAACCUGUUCCCUGCGGAGCUGGACCUCGGGGCCAUCAGUGUGCAAGUGGAACAGCUCGCUCAGCUACUCUCGGAGGUUGCAGCAGAGAGAUAUGCGCUCACUCUUCGCAUCAUGCUCGCCAGCUUGCGCAGGAAGGUCGGGAUGACGCCGCUCCCAGGCGGGCCCGACGCGCUCAUGGCGCCACCGCCGCUGCCGCCGUACCUCGACCCGUCCAUCGUGUCGCCGCCGCCGUUCACGAUGGAGGAGCUCGGGCUCGGCGCGCUGCCGGGGCCUGGCGGCGGCAAUGCGUUCAGCCCGUCCGCGAUCCCGCUGUGGCUGCAAGAACAGAGCUUGACCGAUCUCGGGCUCCCCGUGAACGGAUCCGAUGGUAUCUUCCUACAGAUGGGUCACCCGAACGGGUGGAUGGGCGACUUCCCGCCCAUGCCGGAGGCGUGGUGA